AUGCGCACUCCGACACUUUUCCUUCGUCACACAAACAACAUCCCCAGGUUCCUCCGACAAACAAGACAAACCAGAUCCUUCUCCCAGAGCAUUCGAGCUAUGGCUGAUUACAAACUUAAAUCUGUCUCCUCCUUGUCGCUCCAACCGGGCGACAAGCAGGAGGUUGAGGUCGAGGGCAUUGAGGGAGCCAAAGUGCUUCUUGUCAACGCCGGCGGCAAGAUCCAGGCCCUCGGCCCCAAGUGUACUCAUUAUGGCGCUCCCCUCGUCAAGGGUGUCUUGACCACUUCUGGCCGACUGACGUGUCCCUGGCACGGAGCUUGCUUCAAUGCCAAAACCGGCGAUGUCGAAGAUGCCCCCGCGCUUGACGCCCUCCCUGUCUUCAAGGUCACCGAGCGCGACGGCGCUGUCUAUAUUUCCGGCGAAGAAUCCACCAUCAAGGGCGGCCGCCGCAAGCCAAACUUCAAGUGCAAUGCGGACGGUGGGACUCAACCGGACAAGAUCGUCGUUGUCGGCGGAGGCUCAGGUGCUCUGGGAGCUGUCGAGGGUCUGCGAAACGGCGGCUACCAGGGGCCCUUGACGGUCAUCUCGUCAGAGGGAUACUACCCAAUUGACCGCACCAAGUUGUCCAAGGCUCUUCUAACCGACGUCGACACCCUGCAGUGGAGAGACAAGGCUUGGUACGACAGUGGCUCGGUGGAAUGGGUCAACGACCAGGUUACGGACGUCGACUUCUCUGACCGCAAAGUAACAACCAACAACGGCCAGAAGAUUACCUACACAAAGCUCAUCCUGGCCACCGGUGGAACCCCCAGGCUCCUGCCUCUGCAAGGUUUCAAGGUGCUCGGAAACAUCUUUACCCUGAGAACAGCCCAUGACACGAAGAAGAUUGUCGAGGCCAUUGGCGACAAGGGAAAGAAGAUUGUCAUUGUCGGCUCGUCCUUCAUCGGCAUGGAAGUUGCCAAUGCCACCGCAAAGGACAACUCGGUGACCGUAAUUGGCAUGGAGAAGGUGCCGCUCGAAAGAGUCCUGGGCGAGCAGGUCGGUGCUGGCAUCCAAAAGACCCUGGAAAAGAACGGCGUCAAGUUCCACAUGUCUGCGGGAGUGGACAAGGCCGAGCCCUCGAGUUCCGACCCCUCCAAGGUCGGCGCUGUCUACCUCAAGGACGGCACCAAACUCGAGGCGGAUCUGGUCAUUCUUGGAGUGGGCGUCGCGCCCGCCACCGAGUUCCUCAAAGAGAACAAGGUCAUUCGUCUGGAGCAGGAUGGCUCUAUCAAGACGGAUGAGAGCUUCCUGGUCGUCGGCCUGAAGGAUGUCUACGCUAUUGGCGAUAUCGCUACUUUCCCCUACCACGGCCCUGGAGGUGACGGUCGUUACACGCGCAUCGAGCACUGGAACGUCGCUCAAAACGCAGGACGCGUCGUAGCGAACAACAUCAUCAACGCCGCUGUGCAUCCCCCGCGCUUCAUCCCGGUUUUCUGGUCGGCUCUGGGCUCCCAGCUGCGGUACUGCGGAAACACCAUUGGCGGCUGGGACGAUAUCGUGAUUCAGGGCAGCGUCGAGGAGGCGAGCUUUGUCGCAUACUACACAAAGGGCGACACAGUCAUCGCCAUGGCGUCUAUGGGCAAGGACCCCGCCAUGGCCCAGUCAGCAGAACUGAUGGCCUUGGGCAAGAUGCCUUCCAAGACUCAGCUUGCAAACGGCCUGGACAUUAUCAGUUUGGGACCGGUAGAGGCGUAA